CAAGAUGCCCCUGGGGCUGCGGGGAAAGAAGAAGAAGAAGUCCAAGGGGACCGCCCGGCUGGUGGAGGGCGAGCAGAUGGGCGCGGGCGGCGGGAGCCUCCCCGGCUCCCCGGCUCCCGCGCGCAGGCUGGUCUUCCACACGCAGCUGGCGCACGGCAGCCCCACCGGCCGGGUGGAGGAUUUCUCUAGCAUCCGGGAGCUCUACGCCAAGAUCGCCGGCGUGUUUGAGAUCUCGCCGUCGGAGAGAAUUAAAGAUGGUGGCAUUAUUGACUCAGUUAAAACCAUUUGUGUGGGGGAUCAUAUCGAAUCUAUAAAUGGAGAAAGUGUUGUUGGGCAGCGUCACUAUGAGGUUGCUAAGAAGUUGAAGGAAUUAAAAAAACAGGAACUCUUUACCAUGAAGUUAAUAGAACCUAAGAAGGAAUUUGAAAUAGGGCCAAGAUCAAAAGCUGGAAAGUCAUCAGCAGAAAAAAUUGGUUCCGGAAGGGAAACUCUUCGCCUCAGGCCAAAAGGUCCUGCCACAGUAGAAGAAGUGCCUUCUGAAGCCAAAGCAAAGGCAAUUGAAAAGAUUGAUGAUCUUCUUGAAUUGUACUUGGGAAUUCGAGAUACUGAUUUGGCUACCACAAUGUUUGAAGCUGGAAAGGACAAAAGUAAUCCAGAUGAAUUUUCUAUGGCGCUCAACGAAACUCUUGGAGACUUUGCGUUCCCAGAUGAAUUUAUCUUUGAUCUUUGGGGAGCCAUUGGUGAUGCCAGACGAGGAUGA